CAGUGCUCAGUCUCCACCCGGACUCCGCCAUGUUGAGUCUUGUGGGGCGUGUGGCCUCGGCCUCGGCCUCCGGGGCCUUGCGGGGACUCAGCCCUUCGGUGGCGCUGCCACAGGCGCAGCUUCUACUGCGAGCAGCUCCCGCCGGGGUCCAUCCUGCCAGAGACUAUGCGGCGCAGGCGUCUGCGGCCCCGAAGGCAGGCGGCGCCACUGGGCGAAUCGUGGCAGUCAUCGGCGCCGUGGUGGACGUCCAGUUCGAUGAGGGAUUACCACCCAUCCUGAAUGCCCUGGAAGUGCAAGGCAGGGAUAGCAGACUGGUUUUGGAGGUGGCCCAGCAUUUAGGGGAGAGCACGGUCAGAACUAUUGCUAUGGACGGCACUGAAGGCUUGGUUAGAGGCCAGAAAGUACUGGAUUCAGGUGCACCAAUCAAAAUUCCUGUGGGUCCUGAGACCUUGGGCAGAAUCAUGAAUGUCAUUGGAGAACCUAUUGAUGAGAGAGGCCCCAUCAAAACCAAACAGUUCGCCCCCAUCCACGCUGAGGCUCCUGAGUUCGUAGAGAUGAGUGUUGAGCAGGAGAUCCUGGUGACUGGGAUAAAGGUUGUGGAUCUGCUGGCCCCAUACGCCAAGGGGGGGAAGAUCGGACUCUUUGGAGGUGCUGGUGUGGGAAAGACAGUACUGAUCAUGGAGUUAAUCAACAAUGUUGCCAAAGCCCAUGGUGGUUACUCUGUAUUUGCUGGUGUUGGUGAGAGGACCCGUGAGGGUAAUGAUUUAUACCAUGAAAUGAUUGAAUCUGGUGUUAUCAACCUAAAAGAUGCCACUUCCAAGGUUUCGCUGGUGUAUGGACAAAUGAAUGAACCACCUGGUGCUCGUGCCCGGGUAGCUCUGACGGGUCUGACCGUUGCUGAAUACUUCAGAGACCAGGAAGGCCAAGAUGUCCUGCUGUUUAUUGACAACAUCUUCCGCUUCACCCAGGCUGGCUCAGAGGUAUCUGCCUUAUUGGGCAGAAUCCCUUCUGCUGUGGGCUACCAGCCUACCCUAGCCACUGACAUGGGUACAAUGCAGGAAAGAAUCACCACCACCAAGAAGGGAUCUAUCACCUCCGUGCAGGCUAUCUAUGUGCCCGCUGAUGACCUGACUGACCCUGCCCCUGCAACUACCUUUGCCCAUUUGGAUGCCACCACUGUGCUGUCCCGGGCUAUUGCUGAGUUGGGUAUCUACCCAGCUGUGGACCCGUUGGACUCCACCUCUCGCAUUAUGGAUCCCAACAUUGUUGGCAAUGAGCAUUACGAUGUCGCCCGAGGGGUGCAGAAAAUCCUGCAGGACUACAAAUCUCUCCAGGACAUCAUUGCCAUCUUGGGUAUGGAUGAACUUUCUGAGGAAGAUAAAUUGACUGUGUCCCGGGCAAGGAAGAUACAGCGCUUCUUGUCCCAGCCAUUCCAGGUUGCUGAGGUCUUCACAGGUCACAUGGGAAAACUGGUGCCUCUGAAGGAGACCAUUAAAGGAUUUCAGCAGAUUUUAGCAGGUGACUAUGACCAUCUCCCAGAACAAGCCUUCUACAUGGUGGGACCCAUUGAAGAAGCUGUGGCAAAAGCUGAUAAGCUGGCAGAAGAGCAUGGGUCGUGAGCAGCCAGACCUUCAGCCAAACGCAGCACUGCACUGACCUCUCCAUGCGGAUGGAUAGCUCAGUUUUCCAUGUAGGCCACACAAGAAAGAGCCUUGAUUGAAGAUGUGAUGUUCUCUCUGAAGAGUAUUUAAAGUUUUCAAUAAAGUACAUACAUACCCCUCA